GACGAUUUCUGAUCUAUCCAACGGAAACAACAACAGCUCUGCUGAACACGCGGACGCUAAUAAGCAAAUUCUGACCACUAGUCUGACGUGUCACUAUGCUGCAGUGAUGGACAGCGAGGGCACGUUGGGCCGCGGCCAUGCAAAUGGGGGCCGUGGGCUGCGCCGUCAGCGGUCCCUGGAAUGGAGAGAACGGCGCGGUUAUGGAGCCAGUGCCCAAUCCAGUAGCGAUGAUGAAGAUAACGCACGUCACGCAGUGGGGCCCGUGUCGAGUUCAUCCGUUGCAAGAGGCGCUCGUAGCCCUGGUCAGGUCUUUGCCUCCAUUUUGGCGCAACAGUAUGGCAAUGCAGGAGACAGAUUGUACCGUACGGGAUCCGACACGGAAGGCGCAGCAACUACGGACAACCCUACAACGCCAUUUCCUACGCCGCCCCCAACCUUGACACCGAAUCAUCGGCAAGCUUCUCCGUUUCCCCUCGAAAGCACAAACUCUCGCCGGCAUCAUUAUAACGGCAGCAUAUCUUCCGAGAGAUCUCGCAACGGCAAUGGUGAGACCGUUUACGCGGCGUCCACAAAAAAGACGACUUCCGGCGGCGGUACCUUAGGUCGAAGAACACGCCGAGGUCACGCAAGCGCCUUGAGCAGUAGCUCCACCGCGAGCGAUCGUUCCGAAACCGUCUUCCCCGAUGAACACACUCGCAUGCAUCUCACCAAUGGUCUACCCAGGCCUAUUUAUCUCACAGAUACCGGUAGAGAUUCUCCUCCGGAACCCGCGCCACCGGAAGUACCGCCGCGUGGACCGUCUUUACACGCAACGCAUACUUUACGUGCGCAACAAAACCGAAAUGGUUGCCCUCCGAACGCAUCAGGAAGUUUCACUGUGCCAAGUGACCAAAUGCCGACCGAGACGUAUUCGGAGUACUUGAUGUCAGGAAGUCCACGGAGUUAUCCAGCACGAUCCCCGGGGGUCGCUUCCACGCCAACCGUGACCAGGCUUCCGCCACCGCAACAGCAGGUGACGGUGGGCUCACUGGGCGGCGGUUUAGGCGGCGCCGGAAAUGGCGGUACCGCCACAGUAGGCGCGCAAGGCCAGGCUAUGGUGAUGCCGGGUUUUCCGCUUCGUGCCGCAGCGGUGCCGCACUACUCCCCGUAUUCGCCGUCGCGCUUUCACAUCGACAAACGUUGUCAGCACAGGUGCUCCUGGAAAUGCUUCUCGAUCGCCCUGAUCCUCUUGGCCGUGGCGCUGACGGCGAUGCUGGCGUACUUUGCUGCAGUGAGCUCUAUGCGCCCGAUAGACAGCACUAACUGCAUUCUGGUUCAAGAUAUCAAAGCUGUCACUCACGAAAACGCACACAUCCACGACUCGAUAUCCACGCAGAUCCCCACAGAAGAAUCCCUGCCGACGAGCACGGCGGAGCAUUCGAGCGCCGCGGACAGCGCCGGUGAUCAACAGAGCGACCCGCAGAUCCAGCAAUCGGCGCAGCAAUGGCCGGCCGUGCUCGAGCUACAGGCCUACAACGUCGCGCACUCCGCCGUUAUUCAGCCGUAUCACUUCUGGAACACGGAGUUUCGCAACAAGCAGCCGGCGUUCAUUAGGCUUAACCUGACCCUGCCGUGGGGCGCGAAUUUCGCGGUGUACGGCAGGCGGAACGUCGCGCCCAGCGUCACGCAAUACGAUUUCGUGGAGUUCGUCAAGGGUGGUAGGGUGGUCCACAGGCUGAAGAGGGACAUCACCGCGGAGGCGGUCAGUUUUAUGCAGUCCAGCAGCCCGCAGGACGUUCGCGUGGAACGCGCGGCGCAGCCGGCCGCGUCCUAUCAACACGUGCUCAUCAAGAGGACCAUCGUGGAGCCGCUGAUGGUCAACGUCAGUCUGCUGCAGUACUUCGACACCGGCGACUGGUUCCUGUCCGUGUACAACGACGAGUUGCAGCCUUACAAGGUUACUCUGGUCGUGACGGAAGCCGAAGGUGUCUCCACCACGUGUCCGAAUGACUGCUCCGGACGUGGAUCGUGCUACCUCGGCAAGUGCGAUUGUAUAGACGGAUAUCAGGGUGCUGAUUGCAGCAAAAGCGUAUGCCCAGUUUUGUGUUCUUCUCACGGACAAUACGGCGGUGGUAUGUGCCACUGCGAGGAGGGCUGGAAGGGCGCGGAGUGCGACAUACCGUUAGGUGACUGCCAAGUUCCUGAUUGCAAUCAGCAUGGCCAGUGCGUCAGAGGAUCCUGCGUCUGUAAUCCCGGCUGGAAGGGCGCCUUUUGCGACGAACCCGACUGCUCCGACCCGAACUGCAGCGGCCACGGCGCCUGUGUCUCCGGCAAGUGUUACUGCAAGGCCGGCUGGCAGGGCGAGCGGUGCAAUCAGGUCGAUCAGCAGGUGUACCAGUGCCUGCCCGGCUGCUCCGAUCACGGCACGUACGACCUCGAAUCCGCGGCCUGCGUCUGCGAGGAACAUUGGACCGGGGUCGAUUGCUCGCAGCCGAGCUGCGGUCUGGACUGCGGACUUCACGGAUCCUGCGAGCAGGGCCGCUGCAAAUGCCACGAUGACUGGACCGGCACGAAAUGCGAUCAAAAACCGUGCGACUCGCGUUGCGCCGAGCAUGGUCAGUGCAAGAAUGGGACCUGCGUGUGCAGCCAAGGGUGGAACGGAAGGCACUGCACAUUACCCGGAUGCGAGAAUGGAUGCAGCCGCCACGGAUUGUGCACCCUGCAGGACGGCGAAUACAGUUGCGAAUGUUCGACCGGGUGGGCCGGUAGAGAUUGCAGCAUACGACUCGAAUUGGAAUGUAAUGAUUACGUUGACAAUGACGAAGAUGGCAUGAUGGACUGCUCUGACAGCGAGUGCUGCUCGCACGAAACUUGUUCAGAACAUAUCAUGUGCCUUGCUAGUAAUAAUCCCGUGGACGUUCUCCUUCGAAAACAACCGCCUAGCGUCACAGCGUCCUUCUAUCAGCGGGUGAAGUUCCUCGUCGAGGAGAACAGCGUACAGAGCUACGCCCACAUGGACGAGUACACGGAAAGUACGUUCUGGAGUUCCUUUACACCGCGUCGAGUUGCGGUGAUGCGAGGCCAAGUUGUUACCGAACAAGGACUCGGAAUAGUAGGCAUCAGAGUGUCCGUGGACAGGGACUCGCGCUUUGGAUUCACCUUGACCAGAGCAGACGGAUGGUUCGACGUCCUGGUCAAUGGCGGAGGCGCCGUGACGCUUCAAUUCCAGCGCAGCCCCUUCAAACCCCUCACGAGGACCGUCUUCGUACCCUGGAAUCAGAUCGUAGUUCUGCCGCCCGUUGUGAUGAUCCUCAGCAAGGAAGGCGAAUCGUAUAAAUCUAACCAGCCGCCGAGCCCGGCAGUUGGCUUCCCAGGGAUUUCAAUGGGACUCUUUAGCGAGCACGGUCCGUGCUUGGAGCACGAUCACGAGACGCUACGGCCAAUUAUCGUUAGCACGUGGAUGCCGGAAAAAGUUGGCGGCUUGCCUGGCAAGAGCUUGGUCUUUGCUGAAAGUCAAAUCGUGCAGGAAAGCAUUGCUAUUCCGGGCUCCAAUCUCCACUUGAUGUAUCAAAGCAGUCAGGCUGCGGGCUAUCUCUCUACCGUGAGGAUGCAACUGACCGGGCCGUUCAUUCCGAAAUCGCUGACGCACGUACACGUGCACGUGGAGAUCGAGGGCUCGCUACACACGAAAACGUACGAGGCCGAUCCGAAUCUGACGCACACGUUCGCCUGGAACAAGCGAAACGUUUACAAGCAGAAGGUGUACGGCGUGGCGCAAGCGAGGAUCUCGAUCGGCUAUCAGCAUUCCACCUGCCCGUUGGUGAUAUGGGAGACGCAGACGGCCACUUUGCAGGGAUUCGACGUCGAUAUCUCCGAUAUCGGCGGCUGGGGACUCGACAUCCAUCACCAUUACAACUUCCACGAAGGGAUCCUGCAGAAAGGCGACGGCUCUACUCUACAUUUCAAACAGUAUCCGCGCACUGUGAAAGUGGUAAUGGGCACCGGCCUCCAGAGGAGCCUGGUGUGUCAGAAUUGCGACGGUCUCGCUAAGGACGCCAGACUCCUGACGCCGGUGGCACUCGCCAGCGGACCCGACGGCAGCAUAUACGUCGGUGACUUCAAUCUCGUACGCAGAAUCACGCCCGAAGGAAAGGUUUACACCGUCCUGAUUUUGAGCGCUACUCAAGUGGCGUAUCAGUAUUACCUAUGUAUCUCGCCGGCUGACGGGCACUUGUAUAUCAGCGACCCGGAGAAACAUCAGAUAUUGAAAGCCCUCUCGUUGGAACAAGUCCAAGAUCCCAGCAUUAAUAUCGAGCCCGUUGUUGGAAGCGGCGAGAGAUGUAUCCCAGGUGACGAGGGUCAUUGCGGCGACGAAGGUCAGGCCAUCCAUGCAAAAUUGGCUCAUCCUAAAGGAAUCGCAAUUGCGGCCGAUAAAACGAUGUACAUCGCCGAUGGAACGAACAUUCGUGCUGUCGAUCCUCGAGGUAUCAUACACACGCUCGUGGGACAUCAUGGUCAUCACAAUCAUUGGUCACCCGCACCCUGCAUCGGAGCCAUUCCCGCACAUCAGGCUCAGUUACAAUGGCCCACCGGAUUAACUCUGAGCCCAUUGGACGGAUCCCUGCACUUUAUCGACGAUAGACUGGUAUUGAAACUCACCAGCGACCUGAAGGUGCGCGUGGUCGCCGGCACGCCUCUUCACUGCACCAGCAACGCGAACAGCAACAACAGCGGCAACGACGAACUUCCUAAACUGAACUCGUCGCUGACGACGAUCCUGAAAAAGCCGGACGAGGUCCUCGGAUCGGUGUUGGCCGUCGGUUUCAGUCCAACCGGCGAGCUGUACAUAGCGGAUCGCGAUUCUCACCGAGUGAACUCUAUCAGGAUCGUCGAUUCCUCCGGGAAGAUGUCACACUUCGCGGGUCAGCAGCAGGAGAGACUGCGCCAAUGCGAGUGCAACAAUACUACGCCCAGCACCAAGGACAUGGACACGUGCACCUGCACGGACGAUACCAGCAGCACCGAGACACUCCUCUCGUCAAACGCAAAGUUCACCGCGAUAUCCGCCCUGGCGGUUUCGCCGGACGGUGUCCUGCACGUGGCCGAUCAGGGCAGUCUUCAUAUCCUGGCUCUCCAGCCGUAUCUUCCGAACCACGACGAGAACGGGGAGUUCCGCAUUCCGUUCCCGCCUUCGAAUGAGAUCUACGUAUUUAAUCGCUACGGCCAACACAUUUCCACGAAGGAUUUGACGUCCGGAAAGACUCGCUACUCUUUCCUGUAUAGCAAGAACACGAGUUUCGGCAAGUUGUCCACGGUGACGGACAGCGCGGGCAAUAAGAUCCAAUUUCUACGGGAUUACAGCAGUGUCGUUAGCUCCAUCGAGAACACUCAGGAUCAUAAAUCCGAGUUGAAAAUCUCCGCGGUUGGAUUCCUGGAGAAAUUGUCCGAACGCGGCAGGGCAGAGAUUGCUUUGGGUUACGAUGGCUCUACCGGUUUGCUCACCAGUCGAUCGGGAGGAGAUGAAACAUACAUAUACAAUUACGACAGUCUGGGACGUGUCACUGACGUAAUACUGCCGACAGGCGAGAAAUUGAAAUUAUCAUCGGACUUAUCUGACGAUGAAGGUCUAUUGGUAAAAGUGUCUGCUCCGUUGCAAGCUUUAUCGAAAGGUGAUAAACAGCGAAUUGUGGAGUUUGAGAUGAAAAACGAGAAAUCGAAGAUGUUGACAGUCACUGACGGCACCAAACUCAUGAAAGCAAUCGCAUUUACGAACAGCAGCCUGGAGGUACUUCUACCUGGUGGUGGUAGAGUACUAAGCGCGGCGACGACGAAACAUCCGCUAUUGAAACCGGCUUUGCCGGUGGAAGCGGAGAUGCUGCCCAUGUGGAGUUAUCAAUUGAUGUCGUUGGGCGAAUUAACGAACACCAUGACGACGACGUAUAACUUGGUCGGAGAAGUUAGCCAUCCUCAGCAAACGCUGAAUAGAGAGAUCUGGGUGAACGACACGCGAGUAAUAAGCGUCGAAUUCGAGCAGGCGUUUAGCCGCGAGACGUUCUACGACAAGGCGGGAACUCCUCUAUUGACAGUGAUCUUUGAUCAGGCCGGCCUACCCUUGGUCUGGCAACCGUACGAGCAAGGCCACAACCUCAGCAUCACCUACGAUCGAUUCAAUAGGAUCGAGAGCUGGAAGUGGGGCUCUUCCGACGAGUCGUACGGCUACGAUCGACACGGCCAAUUGGCAGAAAUUACCAAUAGCAAGGACGGCACGAAACGAUAUACCUACAACGACUUCAACAUGCUGUCGAAGAUCACGCUCGCCAGCAACAGACAGUUCUCGUUGCAAUACGACGACGACGGUGGACUGCGACAUAUCAUUCUACCGUCGGAAACCAAGCAUUCCUUCUCCUGUCAGGCUUCUCUCGGUUUCCUCAGGGUGACGUAUACUCCACCCGGCAGCACCAGAGCUUAUCUGCAGCACUACAGUCACGACGGGAACCUACUGCAGACCGUGUUCCCGGGAGACGGAGCUCGUAUCGUCUACAGAUAUCACACCUCAGGACAACUGGCGGAAGUCGUUCACGGUGAUGGUAAAAGCGAGAUCAGAUACACCGAGAGUGGACUACCUUCCGAGGUGAUACAUUCCGAGAGAGACGUGGAGUACAAGUGGGAUUAUCAAUAUAGCGCGGGACUUUUGGUGGAGGAGCGCAUAGAUUUCGGCGCCAAGACCGGCCUGAGCAACGCCAAAUUCACAUUUGAAUACGACUCAAACUUUCGGCUGGUCGCGGUGCAGGGUAGAAUAGGCGGUCAGACGCUACCACCGCACACCAUGGCUUACAGUCCGAGAUCGGGUACGUUGGAACAAAUCGGUCAAUUCAAGGUGACGAAGCCGCAGUCGAAUGAAACGACCGUGUUCGAUGGUACCGCGCUGUUCUCACGCACCACAGACGACCGAUUCCUGGAGACUCAAGUCACGGUGACGAUCCAUCGGAUGGAAGUGUUUAGGAUGGAGUUCACGCACGAUUCGCGCGGCCGCAUCAAUCAGACGAGAACGUACACGCGCAACGUCGCUGUCAACACGUAUACUAACGUAAAAAAUUACACGUGGGACUGCGACGGUCAGUUGACCGGCGUGGAGGCGCAAGAACCGUGGGGCUUCAAGUACGACGCUAACGGUAAUAUGCUGUCGCUCACGUAUCGAGGUAACACGAUCCCGAUGGAGUACAACGCCAUGGACCGAAUAGUCAAGUUUGGCGAGGGUCUUUACAAGUACGACAACCGAGGUCUGGUGGUGCAGAACGCGAGAGAGGAGAGAUUCAAUUACAAUGCCAAGGGUCUCCUCGUGCGCGCCACGAAACGCGGCCGCUUCGACGUGCGAUACUAUUACGAUCACCUGGACCGACUGGCCACAAGGAAGGAUAAUUACGGCAAUGUCACUCAGUUCUUCUACAAUAAUCAGAAACGGCCGCACGAAGUGAGCCAGAUAUACAGCCCGCGCGAUGGUAAAUUGAUGUCGCUGGUCUAUGACGACAGAGGACAUCUUAUUUACGCACAAGUGUACCGGCACAAAUAUUAUAUCGCUACUGAUCAAUGCGGGACACCUAUUAUGAUCUUCAAUCAGUACGGGGAGGGCAUCAGGGAAAUUAUGCGAUCGCCCUACGGCCAUAUCGUUUACGAUUCAAAUCCAUAUCUUUACUUGCCGGUUGAUUUCUGUGGAGGACUUCUGGAUCAGGUCACCUCUCUUGUUCACAUGCCAAACGGUAAGGUUUACGACCCGUUGAUAGGACAGUGGAUGUCACCGCUCUGGGAGAACGUUUUGGAUCGCGUAGACAAACCGACGCACCUACACCUUUAUAGAUUUAACGGAAACGAUCCGAUCGACGUCAGACACACGGACAGACCAAGUCAACCAACCGAUCACAUAUCAUGGCUGUCGCAUCUCGGAUACGACCUGAAGAGCUUAGCGCCGCAGCUAUUCCCGGACGAGCUGCCGGAAAGCCUCGUCCCGCGAGCGCUCGGUCCGGGAACCUCGAUAUUCGGUAAGAAAAAGAGAACGCGCAAUCUGGGCGUCCAGUCCGGCUUCCUCGCGCACAUCGCCCAGAGGCAUUCAGGAGACGCGGUGAGUUUGUCCGCGCCGCCGCGAUCGGCCUUGAAGAAAGACACGAGUGAGUUAAUACCCAGCCGUCUGGGUGCGGCGUCCGAUCCGCCGUUCGGCAAGGGUAUCCUAGUGUCGAGGACCGCCGACGGCCAGGCGGUGGUGUCCAGCGUGCCCAGCGCUAACGCUAUUUAUGGCGACGUAUUCACAUCCGUGUUCAAUCGCUCGUACUUCCUGCCAUUUACAUUCGUCGUGCACAGCGCACAGCAGGAUGCCUUCUACUUCGUCAAAGAGGAGACCUGGCGCGCCAGCGAGGAUCGCGGUCAGCUGAAACGACUAGGGGGUCAGGUGAACACGACGUUCCAUGAGAACGAGAACGGCAGCGGCAGCAGCUCGCUGAUCGACGUGAAGAUACACGGCACCAGCUACGUGGUGAACCUGCGCUACGGCACCACGGCGGAGAAGGAGAAGCAGAGGCUACUGCAUCACGCGAAGGCGACCGCCAUCAGGAAGGCAUGGCACCGGGAACGCGAGGCACUCAAAACGAACACCCCCACGUCCGUCGAGUGGAUGGUCGCCGAGCAGGAUGAGAUCCUGAAGGUCGGCCUCGCGUCCAACUACGAGGGCGAAUACAUACACGACGCGCAGCAGUAUCCCGAGCUCGCGGAGGACCCCUACAACAUUAGAUUCGUGAAGAAGGCCGUCGACCAAUCGAGCAAGAAGCGACGCAGGAGGAGAGGCGCGCCGUCCUGUAAGCUCUGGUGGUUAGACAAGAUGUGCUAGAGCGAUUUGAGAAUCAGUCGUAUCGUCCCCUCGCGUGGGGACAUUGUCCAGUAAGCCGCGGGACUUUCGAGUGAGCGACACCGGAGAGAUAGAGCGAGAUAGAGAGGGGAGGAGAGACCGGAAACGCGUGAAAGUCGACGAAGGGGGGUAAAAAAUGCCGCUGUAGCACGCUGUAGCGCAGCGUCCGUAUAUAUGCACGCGCAUAUAUAUAAACGUACUGAACACUAUCAAAAAGUUUUAUACCAAAGUCUAUUUGUGUAUUUCAAAGAUGCCAAAAACACUAUAACGUUAUAUUAUAUAUAAUAUAUUAUAAAUAUAUAUACCACACGAGGUAUAGGGUACGUAGAGUGUAAGAGCCGUUAAGCGCACACGGAGGAACGCGGGUUUCACCGAGUAUUCGCUCCACGGACCAGCAGCGCGAUCCACGAUUGGCAGAUCCGCGAAAGCCUUACAAGCGACGGCGGGAGAGGAGAGGAGAUGAUAAUCGGGAGAGUGUUCAUCGGAUCCCCCGGACCGGACGGAGGAACUUUGCGAGAUUCCUUCUGGGAGUUUGGCGCGACGUGGACGCAGCUCGAGCUCACUACCAGCUUGCAGGUUUAAAUUAAAUUCCUGGAUGUGGCGUCUCCUGAUGACGAUCGUGAGAGGCAGGGCCAGCAAGCUCGUGGAGAUUGCGCUCGAGGCCUAAAGUAAACGGCGGACCGUGGUGCCGCGCGUGCGAAUCAUGCACGCUCGACGAUAACCGCAUCGAUACAAGGUAAUUAUAGUUUUAUCGCGAAGAGUGAGGAGAAAGGAGAGAAGAAGAAGAAGAAGAAGAAGAAGGAAACAGGCCAUUCGUUGUUGAGAGCGACGAGAGAGUGAGAGAAACUAGUCAAUACAUAGCUUUACAUUGACAUAGCAGCCUUCUUCGGCGUAGGAUAAAUGCGAGGAGAGUGCAAAUCGGGGAGGAGCGAUGCCGUUGACGACAACGUUGACGAGCCACGCGUGUGUUUUGCCCUGCCGGCGAUAUUUUAACGUCGUACUUAUAGGAAAAAAGGAACAACGGCGGGUGUGAUGCAAGUACGGUAUUCGCGCGGUGACGAAUACGGUGCGGAGAGCGGCAGCAAGGCGCGAAAAACGUGUCUCAACCAUGAAUGGCCUCGGCGAGAAGAGGACCGAGGAAGAGGAAUCGGGAGGAGAGGUGAUCCUCACGGUGUCCUCGAAGAGGAGCGACUAGGAGCCAGCGAUCGUGCGGACUCGAUCGUGCGGUCUCGAGCUUGAAUUCCGUUUGCGGCUUUAGACAAUUAAGGGCAAGACGAAUUUGUAUUAUAAAGUGGUGCUUUUCUUGUACGGCGCGAGAAUGAGAGAGAGAGUGAGUGAAAGAGCGGCGGAGUGAAUCAGCGAUGAUCGCAAGGAUGUGGCAUGCAUGAGGUCGUCGAAUACCAAAUAGCGAGACUAAACGUAUUUUUAACAUGUGGAUGUGUCCUAUCCGUAGCGUAAGCGUUCCCGAUCGUCGCCGAUCGGUGGAUCUAUGUCGCGUCGUCGUGCGCGCAAAUGUGCGGGAAGACAGUCAGUCGCUCGGGAUCGACGGUGGGUGAUCCUCCGUGAUCGUCCGGAGAUCGCGGAGAGGAAUGCGAGCCGGGCGUGCGAGCCGAUGUGUCUGCGUGUGAAGCCGGAAAACGAAGGAAAUUCGGAAAAGGGAUAAACUCAUUAUCGGUAAAAAAAAAAAAUAAUAAUACGUAUACAAUAUCGCAUAUUUGUGCUUGCUGGAUAUGAACGUAACGGACGUUUACUAUGUUUCCUCACCGAGAGUACUAAGUAUGUGUAUCCAAAAUUACUGCCCGCCAAGUAACGAUCGUUUCGCCUGUGUAUAUGUGUAUGUGUGUGUAUGCACGCGUCCCCGCGCGUACGAGUGUGUGUAUGUGUGCGCAAAUUCCCCGCGCACAAAACCCAUAUACGUGCAUCGAACCACCCUUAUAGCGUCGGAAAUCCCUCUCAUUAUCACCCGCCAAUCCACCUCCUUCUCCCUUUCCUCAUUUCCCUUCAUCGUCCGCCCUCAUGAAGAUCCCGGAUCUGUCGAUUUAUCGCACGUAUUCACGUAUUGUUUGUUCGCGUCUCCACGAACGUUCGUACUCGCCAUUGAUAUUUUGCAAUGCGGCUUUAGAGAUGGUGCCGUUUAUGGAUAGUUAGUGGCACAACGACAUUGCUGUCUGAAUAGAUGAAGAAUAAAAAAAUGUUAUCUAUAUGCUGAGUGUAUAAAAAAAUAUAUAUAUAAAUAUAUAUAAAUAUAGAAAGAGAGAACGAGAGCGAGAGAGAGAGAGAGAGAGAGAGAAAACGAGUGAAAGAGAGAGAGAGAGAUAGGAAAGCUUCGUAACGUAUUUUUAACUCGAGCGAGUGUUUAGACCUACACUACCCAGCAACGCGAAAUCGUAAAAGAUUUUCGAAAGACAUCCAAACAACGUUCUGAUAAGUUGUCUUUACAGCUUCUUUUACGGCGUCGCGUUGCCUGGGCCAUUUUAAAUCGCGGUCCAAGACGAGCUCCUCCAACCCAGAGGCACGCGCGCUCGCACGUGCCGACGAGGCCGCAAGGGCGAUCCUUUUUGUACAUUUCACGCCCUCGUUCGCACGCGCGAAACGACACGCGAAAGAACGGAACUCGCUAAAUCGCGCCGUGAAUAUCUAUCCCCUGCGCGCAUUCAUCAUCGCGAACUUUCUCGCGGACGGCCGCGAAGAAAGGGGCUCGAUCGUCGAGCCGCAUUCCUCCCUCGCUUAUCUAAGCGUAACUUGACACAAUUGUAUCUCGCUUUAUUUCAAUUUUCUCUUUAGAAAGCACUUAUAUAUAAAAAUAGCGAAAACCUUGAAGCUAUUAAUCUCAAAUAAUUUACUCUGACUGUUGAAAUUCGAUUUCUUAGAAGCAAUCGCUUUAAAAUCGCGUUGAAAUUUAUUAUUGAAUAACGACAACCCUCGGCUGUGUCGAAUAUAACUCUAUCCAGUGACUGUAAUUGUAAUAAUGAGGCAGCUGCCGUCUCUCCUUUCAGCAGGGGUGGUAAUUUCGCGAGGGUAAUAUUUGAGGGUAAUUUCCGUUUAAUCUUCCGAGGGCUUCUGACCUCUCUAGAUAAGCGAAACAGGAGUGCUUCGACAUUCGUGCACAUCUAAACACUCAUCGUUUCCCCUUUGGCCAGCCAACCCCCUCACAUCUGCUCCCCUCACACUGUCCCUCAACACUCUUGAUCUUUAACCGUAUUAAUAUCCGCUGUUGUGAUCCGGCAACGGUGCGUUCAAGAAGAAUCGACUAUUUUUUAAAUAUCACGUGUCAAAUUAAUGAGCGGGCCAGGUAGCCGCGUAUACAUGUCGUACACGGGCAGGGCCCCCUAAAACUCGACUCGAGGUCCGACCCCGUCUCACGCGAUUGUAAUAUUAGAAAAAAAAAAAGAAUUCACUCUCUAACUUCCGUGAAGUUUCAUCUCUCGUUUUUGCGAACUCGUUCCAGACUCGUUCGUCCCCCCGCGACCGCCCGCGGGGGAUCGCGACAAACUCCACGUACUUCUCUAAAUAAAUAAAUAAAUAAAAAAAGAAACGAAGUAGAACGCGCGAAGAAAUAAUGAUUAUGUGAGAUAAAUAAAUAAAUUAUAAAUAUAUAUGAAUAUAUUGAGAAGAUAUAUAUAUACGUACACGCGAGAGGAGCUAGAGUGGCCAAUUAUAGCAGUUAACCGUCGAUCCACGCAUUUGCGGCGCGAUUGGUUCUCGAGCGCGACUCCACGCCGAAAAAAAUAAGGGAUCGAGGGGGGGGGGAGAAGAAUUCGGAAUUCCGGAAAACGUGACGGAAGUUAAAGAUGCGAGAACGAAAGAAAGGAAGAAAGAAGGAGAGCGUGAAAAUGAGAGAUAUCCGAAGAUAAAAGCGAGCGCGAAAGGCGAAACGGAAAAGAGUCAGCCACGCUAAAAAGCUACUACGACCACUACCCUAGAUAGAUUACGCUACUUUGCCGCUGAUCUAAUUGUUUACUGUCACGUGUUGCUGUAAACCUAAACCUAACGAUACGAUAUUAUAUAUAUUUUAUUUAUAUAACCUAAUCAACUGUAUUUAUUGUAAAUAGUCACGAUGUUUGCUAUGAUAUAAUAUAUCUGUAAUUGGAUGGGAACCUGCCUGAAACUGCGCCCAGAGCCUUGUCCCCCUUCACUCCCCCCAUUUCCCGCAGCUAGAUCCGUCAUACAUCCCGUACACGAGUACAGGACAUAUAUAUGUAUAAAAGCAUAUAUACAAAAUACGUAACACAGUCAUACACGCACACAGCCAUACGCAAAAACGCGGUGUCGACUGCCGCGGUCGUUUAACGAUAUAAUUCAGAGGAGAGGAUAAAUGGAGAGGAAAAAGACGGGUGCAUCGCGCGCGUUUGAAUUAUCACUACGUCAAUAUUUCGCAUCGACAGGCAAUCGAUUUCAUGUAAGACGCUCCAUCAUCUUAUUGUAGGGAAAGAAAAGAAAAAGGAAGAAACUCAUCCCGCCCGCUAUCCGAUCAAACACUGCCCUCCCCCGUCUCCCCCUUCCAUUUGAACCCUUCCCGUAAACGAGAGAGCGUUACGAUGGUCACGAGCAAUUUUUAUAAAUGUAUUUUUUCGCCUCUCUCCCCUCCCCCUUUUCCUCCGCGUGUUGAAAACACAUCCCCGAUUUGAUGAUCAUCGUAGAAACGCCGGAAGUGAGUAAUUUACGGACUUUUCCACUUGAACCACUGCCACGCGGCAGACGGCGAUCCAACCAGCAUUGUCCAAUAAACUUACAAUAUUACUAUCUUAAGUACAAUAUAUUAAGUGUUUUCAGAAAAUAUAUGAUCUAUAUAUGAUAAUAAAAAACGGGAAAACGUUU